UAUUCAGAGCAUCCCCAGCCAAACUAAUGCCCUCUCCUACCCUGACGUCAAACAGCAGAUCACAGGCAAGAUUAGGGUUUUUCAUUUCUCUUAUUGCAGCAAUUAGCCUGGGACUGUAUAAAAGGGCUACAGAGAGGGGAGGGAGGGAGGCAGAGGGGAGAUCCGGAGACAAACAGAGAUAGCUGAGCGAGGCAGAGCCAGAGGUAGAGCGAGGGGGGACAGGUCACACAUCCACCUUGGGCUCCGCAGCUUCACAGAAACUUUUUCUUUUCUUUUUAGCAAACUUUCUGAGUGAUGAGAGAGUGCAGCUGAAGUUGUGCUGAGCAGCGUGCAGGCACCUGUCCUAGCUGCUUCCCUCUGUUAUAGUGCAAGGCAUUCAUUCCCUCUGAAUGCAGGCAGCGGGGGCAGGUAGAGAGGGGCAGCACUGAGGGCACAGGGGGAGGGGGAGCUCCCACGCUGCCAACAUGGGUCUGCUCAGCGUGGACCUGUUGAUCACUCUGCAGAUCCUGCCCGGCUUCUUCUCUAACUGCCUCUUCUUGGCUCUCUAUGACUCUGUCGUGUUGGUGAAGCACGUGCUCCUACAGCUGAACCGGUCCAAGUCCAGCCAGGGUCAGUGGCGCCGGAUGCUCACCCCCGAAGGACUGCGCUGUGUUUGGAACAGCUUCCUAUUGGACGCCUACAAACAGGUGAAGCUAGGAGGCGAUGCUCCAAAUUCGAAUGUUGUUCAUAUUAACGAUGAAAAAAGUUCCUCAGGAAAGCCUGGCAUGCCAUGUCACCUUCUAGACUUUGCCAGCUCAGAGCGCCCUCUUGUUGUCAAUUUUGGAUCAGCCACCUGACCUCCCUUCAUAAGCCAGCUGCCAGCUUUCAGCAAGAUGGUGGAGGAGUUCUCCGGUGUAGCCGACUUCCUGUUGGUCUACAUCGAUGAGGCUCAUCCCUCAGAUGGUUGGGCGGCUCCUGGCAGCUCCUCAUAUGAAGUGAAGAAACAUAGGAACCAAGAAGAUCGUUGUGCAGCUGCCAACAAACUCCUUCAGCAAUAUUCCCUCCCCCCACAGUGCCAGGUGGUUGCAGACUGCAUGGACAAUAACACCAACGUGGCCUACGGUGUCUCCUUCGAAAGAGUGUGCAUCGUACAGAGGCAAAAAAUUGUGUACCUCGGAGGUAAAGGGCCGUUCUUCUACAACCUCCAGGAAGUAAGGCAAUGGUUGGAAUUCACGUUUGGAAAGAAGACAGGAAGUGAACAAACCGGCACAGAGAAUUGACUGCCGAUGAAGGAAUGAGACAGAAAGCCAGUCUGUCU